AUGGAAAAUAUAACUAUAGGUGUUUUAGCUUUACAAGGAAAUUUUCAAUCACAUAUAAAUCAUUUUCUUCAGUUGCAGAAUCCAUCCCUCAAAGUUAUAGAGGUCAGGAAUAAAACUGAUUUAAGGAACUGUGAUGGAAUUGUUAUACCUGGAGGAGAGUCAACAACAUCGAGAAGAUGCAUGUCAUACGAUAAUGACUCCUUAUAUAAUGCUUUGAAAAAUUAUAUUCAUGUUAAAAAAAAACCUGUGUGGGGUACUUGUGCUGGGUGUAUUUUACUAUCAGCAAAAGUUGAAAAAACCAAGGAUGAUAAUAUUGAAGAUGAAUAUGGAAAUGAUUUUUCCUUGGGAGGGUUAGAUGUAGAAAUUACACGAAAUUAUUAUGGAUCACAGAAUGAUAGCUUUAUUUGCUCAUUAGAUAUAAAAUCUCAAGAUCCAAUUUUUAAAAAAAAUAUUAGAGCACCAUGUAUAAGAGCACCAUUUAUAAAAAAUAUAUUAUCAGACAAGGUUGUAACAAUUGCAACAUUUUCGCAUGAAUCAUAUGGAAAGAGUAUUAUAGGAGCUGUUGAACAAGAAAAUUGCUUGGGAACAGUUUUUCACCCCGAAUUAAUGCCAUAUACAAGUUUCCAUGAGUAUUUUGUUGAAAAGGUUAAAAAACAUAAAAAGGAUUCAGGAGAAGCAUAA